AUGGUCCCUCUGCGCAGAGCCUCCCAGCGCGGGCGCCGCAGCCUUGAACACCACCGUGAUCCCUUUGAGUGGCAGGAGGCGCGUGACAAGCCCAUCAUGACCGCGACCUUCCCCAUCCACCCUCUGCCGUCGAUGCAGGCCGCCUUCGAGGAGUCGAUGCUCGACGCAACGGGCGAGACUGGCUUCGUGCCCUUCAAGACUCCCGGCAGGGGCGUCAAGACUCGCCAGCAAUUGCUGUGCAGAGAGGCUGAUGCCGAGGAGCUCUCCUACAACUACACAUACAGCUGCCAUUGGCGUCACCACCCCAAGGGCAGAUUCCACCCCUUGCUGAAGACAAUCACCCAGAUCGUCUUCGGCGUCCACCUGCUGCACCAACGCCUCGAGAAGUCGACCGCCGACGUCGCUGAUAUCCUCCUUAAACACGUCAACGAACUCGAUAGUUUCCUGCAGCGCGCGAAUGAAGAUGUGGAGCAGAGCUUAAAGGAUAUGCUCUUCCGACACAAAUGCUUGAGAGUGCCCAUGGAACAUGUCAACGAAUUCGACCGCCUUCUCGACGACCGCGCAUACCGCUCCUCGCUGCUGGAUGGAAAUAUCACCAUUGAACGAACCACCAAUCGCAUGUCGCAACUGCUCAACGACUACCUGAUCGACAUAAGCACCUACCGAGACGCAAAUCACGAACUCGAACUCUAUCUCCGCGACAUUGGCGAUGAAUGGGCAUAUCACAAUGAGGAUGUCGGGCGCAUAUACUCGGCCAUGUGCGGAAACACAGGUGGCUGGGCGCAAUUCUUACAGAGCUUGGUGACGAAAGCAGAAAGGCUUGGUACGGUGCUUGUGCAAGUCAGCAGUUAUUGCAAUGAAAUCGAGAAGCGCUGCGGUGCCGCCAGCCGGCGAAGCUUGCCUGAGUACCACCACGAAGCCUGGCACAUUGAAGACCAACGUAAGGCUGCCGCACAACCCCAGACAGAUCCGAGUCGUAUCAGCCACAAGCACGGUCAUCGGCGAAUGUCCAAUAAAGAAGGGGAUAGUCCGCCCAUGACAGCUCAGGACUCAGCUUACUCUUCAUUGUCAGGAGCUUCGAUCAUGUCGCCAGCUAGCACAGCACCACCUCGUUCAGCGUCAUCGAACGCUCAAUUUGGCCUAUUCCCGAGCAGUGCUCAGCAUACGCCCAAACAGUCGAUGUCUAGCCGGUUAGGUACUAUGACAUCAACAAGUUCCAACCUACGAUCUGUGAAGUCUGCCGGACCGCCAGAUCGGCCACCGACUUCUACCAGCACUUACUCAGAAACGACAAGUAAGAGGCUGCUCAAAAGGGGCAGUCUCCAGUCGCUCAGACGUUUCUUCACCAAGAAGAAGAACGACAUACAUACCAUUGCGGAGUGA